AAGUGAAUCCACUGACCACACCACGGCAGAUGAACAAAGUGAACCCAGUAACUGCGGUAGCUCUGACGCCCCUCUGUUGACCGCUGUAGACCCACAUCCAGACCCUCAUCUCUCGGCAUCAGAUGUGGACCUCGUCUCUAACCAGUCUGACCACCCUCCUACCACAGCUGCUUCUCCUCAACCAACUUCUGCAGCUCAGGGAGAAAGUGCAGCAGAUUCCACACGCCCUGACACACACGUCAGCAGCAACACGGUCUCAGCCAGCACUCCAGAAAAUUUGGCACCACAAGAAACAGCUCUAACACAGAGUCCAGAAUGUCAACACACUACAUCAGAGCCUGAGUCUCAGCCCAACAUCUCCUGUUCUGUAACUGAAGCAGUUCAAUGUGUCUCUCGCGUCCAUCACGUGACAGACACAUCCCCGGUAACAAACACAGAGCUGCCACAGACUCCUUGUCUGGACAACUAUCUGAACGAAGACGAGGCUGUGAUGGAACUGACCGGCACCAACGCCCAGCUACACCGUGAACACAGAGCACCCAAGCGGUUCUGUGGUUCUGCGGACGGGGGUCUGGUGGAGGCUGCUGACAUCGAGGACGACCGCGUCUUGCUGUACGCCGGACACAUGAUAGACAGCGGCAUCACCAUCACGUCCGACGCCGUGACCACACCGUCGGAAGACGAAGACUUCACAGUAGGCGAUGAGAACUUGUCGGACGACUUCGUUGAGCAAGACCCGGGCAAAACGUACAAAAACCUCCCGGUGUACCCGGGCGAGUCAGUUCAGUAUGAGGACAACUUCUCUCAGUUACCAGAACCUUCUGUCAGCCAGAGCUCUGUCAUCAUCCGCUACCCCAGCACAGACUCCCCACGGGUCGACCAGCGACUCAUCUCCUGUGAUGACGACUUUGAUAGCCCCUUGUUCUCUCCCCUAGCCUUCACGCCCUUAGCUUUCGACGACGUGGUAUUUUUCCCGACAAACACGUCACAAACCAAACGGUCAGCAUACCUGGAGUACAUGGCCUCCAACGAGCAGGUGCUGAAGGCCCUAGAGGUGGCGCGUCAGGUCGACAAGUUUGACGCCCUGCCGGCUGUGGAACUAGCGGAAGCGGCGGAGGCCUUCAGGCAGACCUUCAGAAGCGAGACCUCGGAAAGCUGUCUGCUGGAGACGGAUUUCGCUGCCGGAAUAAAAACCGGCCACUCCAGUUCCGUCAGCCGGAACGAUGACGUCAUACAUUUUGAAGGGACGCACGUGACAGCAGGCGCCAGACCGAAGGAGCGUCUGCCGCUCACCCCGCACGUGUCGGAGAGCGGUCUCGUGUCCGGCCUGAAACUGCCGUCAAGGUCAAACCUGCUGCCGUCAGCAGGCGACACGCUACUCUCUCCCAGCAUUGAGGACCCUUUCGACGACAGUUUCCGACUGGACACCACAGGGGACGACACCGAUGUGUUCCUGGACGAUGACCUUGACAUUGAUGGAGAGGAUGAACGAGAGGACAUACAGAAAAAGACAUUCACCAAGUGGAUUAACUCUCAGCUGUCUAAGUCCAAGAGAGUGACCAUCACUGACCUCUUCACUGACCUCAGGGAUGGAGAACGUUUGCUUUCGUUACUGGAGGUCUUGGGUGGCCUCAGUCUUAAACCUGAGAAAGGGAAACUCCGCGUCCACCACAUCAAUAACCUGAACAGGGCCAUAGAGAUUCUAGAGAACAACUACAGUAUCAAGCUUGUCAACAUCAGCAGCAAUGAUAUAGCAGACGGCAACCCAAAGUUGACAUUGGGACUUGUGUGGAGUAUCAUUUUACACUGGCAGGUGAAGGAUGUCAUGAAGAACGUCAUGGAAGAUCUGGGUCAGACCAACCUGGAGAGGACGUUGUUAAGUUGGUGCCAGCUCUCUACACAAGGGUACGAAAAGGUUGAUAUUGUAAACUUCACAUCCAGUUGGAAAGAUGGUCUGGCUUUUAAUGCCCUGAUCCACCACUACAGACCUGACCUCUUCAACUACAAGCAUCUGCUAGGGAAAGACAACCUGCACAAUCUUAACCAUGCCUUUAACAUAGCCAGUGAUAAACUGGGCAUUGACAAGCUCUUGGAUGCAGAAGACAUGAAUGUAGAUACCCCAGACAAGAAGUCAGUGAUGACGUAUCUCAUGUGUUUAUUCCAAGUGUUACCACACUCUAUUGUUGCUGCUCGCAACAACAACAAUAACGGAGUAUCUGACGCAGUUAUUUCCCCUUCUUCAAAACGGAUUACCGCUGAAGUGGAUAUUGGUCAAGUCAACAUACGAGAAAAAGGCAUGGAUAUUUCGGAAUCGGCCAUGUCCAUGAGCAGUUCUGAGUCCCGACACAGCACAAUGAGCACCGUGUCAGUGGACCUGAUGUCCUACCAGGACGCCCUGGAGAAUGUCCUCACUUGGUUGUUGGACGCUGAGGAAGUUAUAGAAAAACAGGAGCCAAUCGCUAGUGAGGUCAACAAGGUCAAGGAACAGUUCAACCAACAUGAGGAAUUCAUGGUGGAACUGACCAGACACCAGGACAGUAUAGGCGGGGUCUUGAAGGAAGGGAAUGACCUUCUUGCUGAUGGGAAGGUCACGGCCGAGGAGGACAAGGAGAUUCGAACACAGAUGAGCCUCUUAAACAACCGUUGGGAGGAACUGAGAGUCAAGGCUUUGGAUAGACAGUCUAGGCUUCAGAAGGUGUUGAUGGACCUUCAGCAGAAGCAGCUGGAUGAUCUUGGUGACUGGCUGACUGUCAUGGAGGAAAGAAUUGUCAAACAGCACAUGAUUGGUGCCGACCUGGAUGCCAUCAAGUCUCAAGUUGAAGAGCACAAAGAGAUACAGAAAAGUCUGGAGGAGGAACAAAAGAAGGUGGACAGUCUACAGAACAUGGUGGUGGUGGUGGACGACAACAACACUGAGUCAGCUUGCGCUGCCAUGGAGCAAACUUUAGAAUCCCUGGGCAGAAGAUGGGCACAGAUCUGCCGCUGGACAGAGGAACAAUGGCUGCUGUUGCAGGAGCUUCUUAUGAGGUGGCAGCAGUUUUCUGACGAGCAGGACAAGUUCAAUGAUUGGCUGACAGAGAAGGAAGGAAUUCUCCAGGAAAUGAAAGCCACAGAACUGACAACAGCAGACCAGGUCAUACACCAGGUCAAGUCAUUGAAGGCCAUAGAGAACGACAUGGUGGAGCAGGUGCGGAGGUUUGACGCCUUGAAUGAGUGUGGUCAGCAGAUUGUGGCUGUGGUAGACAACCAGGAAGCCAUCACUAAAAUCUCAGCGCUCUUGGAGGAGUUCCAGGAAAGGUGGGAGAAACUGGUCCAAGACAUGGAGUCCCAGAGUAAAGAGAUUGCCAACUCGGGUGUUGAGCUGUCGAAGGUGUCUGAGUACUACGAUGAAGAGGUGAUUGAAGCGGAGACUGCUGCCACCACAUCCUCCGCCGUCAAGUCCAAGAAACGCAGGCUGGAGUCUGCUACCAGGUCAGAGUUUGAUGUGGAGCUCAAGAACCUUCUAGACUGGAUGGACAGGACAGAAUCCACGCUACACCUACUGGUCUCUGAGAACCCACAAGAGCCUUUUACUGUAGAGGAGCAGAGAGUUUUGAUUCUGGACACAGAGAACUCUGUAAGAAGUAAACAAAUAGAUGUACAACGGUUACUUACCCUUGGCAAGACUAUCAUUACAGAACUAAAGAUUGCUGGUGAGCCUUAUGACACAAUGACAAUUGUCAUCCAAGGCCUAGAAGAAAGAUGGCAGAACCUCAAUGAGAAAUUGGCUGACACACAAACCAAGGUUGAACUAAACAACGAAAUGAAAAAGUUUUACGAUGAGCUGACAGUUCUACAAGACCUGAUGGCCACGUAUGAGAAGUGGAUCAAAUCAGCUGACAACAUAGCUGAUGAGGCCCCAGAGAUUAUUCGACAACUAGACCAAUGCAAAGUUAAGGUCAAGGCCAUGCAGGCCCACCAAGAGCGCAUAGAGAGACUGCGAGUACACGGUGAGCAGAUAGUCCGGCAGUACGACACGGCUCAAGCCAUCAAGGCAGAUCUUGACCAGUUCACGCAAAAAUGGCACGACGCCUUUUCUAAACUGGACCAAAGACAGAAGCAAUUAAUGGAGGCACUGGACAAAGUCCCACCUCGCACCUAUUUAGACGCCAUGUCUGUCUUCAGAAAAUGGGUGCAAGACAUACAUGCAGUGAUCAAGACUGAGAAAAUCCAAGUGUCUUCACUAGCUUCAAUGACCAAACAAUUAGAAAGUUAUAAGGAUUUAAACAAAGAAAUUGAGGACCACAGCCAAAAUCUGGAGUACAUCAACAAAACAGGGAGGGAUUUGAUCCUUAAGUCAUUCAGUGAGAGAGCUGAGGCUCUGCAGGCUGACCUGAAUGACCUGAACUCUGAGUGGACAACCGUCUCCUCCACCAUUGACCAGAGACUGGCGGAGCUAGAGAAAUAUGUGGCCAUGUUGAAAGAAUUUCAGGACCAGAUGGACGGACUGGUGAAGUGGAUGAAUGAGAUGGAUGUCUUCCUUCAUGCUCCAGAUCCUUCUGAUGGUGAUGUCACAGCUCUACAGGCCCAGCUGCAGGAAAGCAAUGGUGUGGAAGAGGACAUCAAGACUCUACAGACCAAUGUCAAGAACAUCAACUCCAUGUGGAAGAGCCUGGUCUCUGAAGCUGAACCUGGCUACAGAACACAGGUAGAGAAGGAGGUCAAUGACCUCAACAACCGCUGGGAACAAGUAGCCUCCCUUGCCUCAGAACAGAACAAACGCCUGACUGAGGCGCUGAGCAAAAGCCAGACCAUCUAUGAGAGGGUGGAGGCCCUGAACAUCUGGCUGACUGAGGUCAAGGUCAGCCUCAGUAACAAAGAUUAUUCUGUGGAGAACGCGAAUGAUUUACUGGUCAAGACCAAAAAAUUCAAGAGCCUAAAAUCUGAAAUUGAUGGCAAGAAAGCUGAAGUGAAUGAGGUUUCAGAAGAAGCAAAAGCCAUGAUUUCAGAUGGCCCAUCAGGCUCUCUUCAAGACCUUGCAAGGUUGUUGAUGAGACUGACGGCCCUCUGGGAUGAUGUCUACAACCGUGUUGACCUUUACUUUAAACUUUACCAAACAGCAGACGCCAAGUGGCAUGAGAUCAGGAAGUUGUUUGAUAUUGAGAGAGAUUACCUACAAUCUCUGGAGAAAAAAGUUAGAAAAUCAUCAGCUGCCAGCUCUGAUGCUGAAGACAUUUCUGAUGAAUUGAAUGAUGUGGAGAAUUUCCUAGCCAAUCAUUCAACUGAAAACAAAAGACACAUUCAAGAACUGGCCAAUCACCUGAUAGAUAACUCCAUAAUGGUAGACACAGUGAGAAAAGAGCUGGAGGAAUUCCUCAGGAAAUAUGACAAGCUGGAGAGUGAUGCAAGGAGCAAGAUCCAGGUGCUAGAGAAAUCCAUCCAGAGAGCUCAGACUAUUGAGCGGCAGAUGCUAGAGAUGACCCAGUGGAUGGGGGAUGUCUCUCAGCUCUUACAGAACAGGUUGGAUGCCGACAUGUUGGCUGGAGAUGUGCCCAAUGAAAAUGAGACGUUGCAGCUGGAGUUUAAACAACAAGAGGAGCUGCUAGAGGAGCUGGAGAGAAGUGUUCAGGAGUACAAGCAGCAGGGCAAGAUGGAGGCGUCUGCUAGACUAGAGCAGCAGACGCAGCUGCUCAAGAAACACUUUUCUGAAGUGAUGGUCAAGUUCCGCAAGUUCCAGCGUCCAGCAGACUUUGAGCCAAAGAUGACCCACGUCUGGCGAGAGCUUGGGGCCAUCCAAGGCACCGUCCACCUGCUGGAGGUGCCCAGUGAUGACCUGGAUGCCAUCCAGUCCAGACAUGAAAACUGUAUGAAAUUCUACAAAACCAUGAGUGAGCUCAAGCCGGAGGUUGAAACGGUUCUAAAAACCGGGCGUCAGAUUGUGGAGCGCAAGCAGGUUGACUUUCCAGACUCCCUGAGCAAACAGUUGGACGCAAUCAAGCAACUUUAUAACGAGCUUGGGGCGCAGAUCAAACAGAGCAAGGCUGACUUGGAGAGGUCUUUAAAACUGACCAAAACUUUGAAAAAAGAGCUUUCAUUGGUCACUGAAUUCAUCACUUCAACCAAUCAAACACUGGAUGAGAGGGAAGACAGCACCAAAAAGAACUUGGAGGAGGAGCUAAAUUUUACUGUUGCCAUGGAAGUUGAAAUUCUGCAGAAGGAACCAAUGCUGACCUCCAUCCAUGACCUGAUUAACCAACUCCAGGACCUUUCUGAUGAGGUGGAUGUCUCAGACUCCAGAGGUCAGGCCAACAAGGCAUCCGCUGACAUGCAGGAAUUGUCCCAAAGACUGACCAGGAAGAAGGCACAUCUACAGGAAGAAAUCCUGAAUAUGGAGACCCAAUUUGUUGACUUCCAGACCCAGAUCCUGAAGAUCAAAGAGUGGUUGGGGAGGGCGGAGACCAUCAUUGGCUCCCACAGUCGUCUGUCAGAACAGCAGCAGAAGUUGACCCCACAUAGAGAGACCCUGAAGACCAUGCAGAAACAGAUGAGUGACCUGCGGAGUCAGGUGGAUGAGAUCAGGGACCAGGCCAUUGAGCUGAUGAGUAAAAGUGACCGCUACAGUAGGAUGGUGGAGCCAGAGUUAUCUCACAUCAACCAGCGCUGGGAGGAGUUGGCCAUCCGAAUUAGGGAGAGACAGGCCAGCGUCCCACCUGAGGGUCCAACUGUUGUAGAGACCAGGAACGUCUCCCCCUUAAGCUCCGCCUCACCUGGCAGCCCCACCAGGCCUAAGGUGGAGGGUGGGGAGGAGUUCAACAAACUCUACGAUGACCUCAAUAACAAGAUGGACGAGUUUGAGGCCCGGGUGUCCACUGGGGGCCGUGUCACCCCCACAGACUACGCCAAGGGACUGAAUGACACUCUAGAGAAGAUGGAAGAGGAAAAAAUCAAUCUGCUAGUGGACAUUCAAGCUGUAACCAGCCAAGGGGAAAAACUCUUGAUAGCAGCAGAGACCAGUCGAGAUCCGCUCACACACGCCCGAGUCAGUAACAAGUUACAGGAACUCAAGAUCCGCUGGCUGGCUAUCCAGCGAGACACAGAGAGCAAGCGCCAUGAAGUGACCACUGUCCUGCCCGUCUACCAACAGUUCUCUCAGGACAAGUCCCAGCUGGAGGUGUGGCUGGCUGAGACGGAGAAACUUCUGGAAGAAACCAUUCAAGAAGAGGACAGGAAGGUGCUAGAAGAUGAAGUCAAGCGACGCGGCAAAGACCUGACCGCCCUCAAAUCACAGAGUCACAGCCUGCCAGACAGCAGCAAGGCGGGCGCCUCCACAGACCUCGCGCCCCUCGAUGAAAGAUUCCGCGCCCUCACCACUCGGCUGGCCAGCACCCCUCCGCCCUCGCCCAUCCUGACGCCCCUGACGAAGGAGACGACCGUGACGACAGCGGCGUCGACCAACGGCCACGCGUCACCCUCGGACAGCGUCAUCAGCCGGACCACGUACAAUGUGGUCUCCACCAGCGUCACCAGGACCACCACACUGGCCCACACGCCGGCCCAGUACCUGCAGGCCCUCCGGCGGCUCACGGCCCAGAUGUGCGAGCUGCGGUCAAGCAUGGAGCUGGACGACGCCGUGGUGGUGGAGGAGACGGGCAGACUGGCCUAUGACGUCAAGAUGAAGGGCAUGGAGCAGAAGGUUUGGGAUGUCCAGGAGAACCUGACCGAGAUGGAGUCCCAGAAAGAUGACGUCAUGCUGCAGGCCAACCAAGAGGAGGCGGCUGGCAUCAGAUCCCAGAUGGAGCAGCUACUGCAGGAGUGGUCCAGACUCAGCGACACACACUCCACCCGCACUAAGAAAUGGCACAAGGCCAUGGAACAAUGGCGGACACUGGACUCUGGCACCAAGGAGGUCACCACGUGGCUGGAGAAGGCCGAGACCAAACUUCACACAGCCAGGAACACCCUCAGUCCUGAUGAGGCUGACCUCUUGUACAAGGAGCUGGAGGUGAGCUUGAGGCAGCACCAGAACAAUGUGACCAGGAUGAACUCGGCUGGAGAUGAGAUCCUCCACGGAGCCUCCGCCCUCAACGCUGACCAGCUGCGGCAGAAACUGGAGAUGAUCAAUGAAAGGUGGAAGGUGCUGUGUUCAGAGGUGCUGGCCAGGCAGAAGAGGUCAAAGGAGAGCAGUGUGGAGCCUGCGGAGUUCACGUAUGAGAUGGACGACCUCUUCUCCUGGAUAGAUGAGACGGAGAACAUCAUUGGCUCCUCACUCAGGCCGGACAUUGUUUAUCUGGAGGCCCUGUUGGAGAAGGUCAAGGACAGAGAAGACGAGAUUGCGCCCAGACAGGCCAACCUCUUCUCCAUAAACAGCAGUGGCGCUGCUCUCAUGCAGUCCCCCAAGCUGACCGAUGAAGACCGCAGCAACAUACAGAGAGAUAUUGACCACUUGAAUGAAGGAUGGAAAAAGGUCACAUCAGAGGUGCCAGAAAAAAUUGUGCAGAUCCAAGAGGAGAUCAAGAGGGUCACAGGAUUCCAUGAGGAUCUUGACGCCAUGCAGAAGUGGAUUGUGGACACCAGGAGUGUGCUGGAGACACAGACAGAGCCGGUCAAGUCUCUGACUGACAUGGGUCAGACUGACAGUGUCAUAGUGGACCAACAGACCACAGCUGAUGCCAUAGAGGCCCAGCAAGCCAAGAUUAGCCAGAUGAACGCCACCUACAGCAGACAUGUGGAGGCCUGCUCAGAGCAGGGCGUGGUCCCACCCGAGGGCCUCAAGGAGAAAAUCAACAAACUCAACGCUGACUUUGAGGAGGUGAAGCAGUUGUCUAAAAAUAUCAACAAAAGGACGGAGCCACAGAUUACUGAAGUCAUGGAGCAAGUGAAGCAGGUGCACGUGCAGGUAGAACACAAGCAGACGUCGGUCACCUCGUCCACCUCCUGGCUGGAGUUUGACAAGUCCAUCACGGAGCUGCGUAACUGGCUGACCCUGCUGGAGCAGAUGCUCACCUCACAGAAGGUCACAGUGGGAGAGGUCAAGGACAUUGAGCACAUGAUACAAAAACAGAAGCAUGAAGUGACCAGUCCUCUGGUCAGUGCUAAUGAGUUUGACCUGAAUGAGUUUGUAGACGGCAGCCCCCUGCUGUGUCUGUCAGACCAUGACCUGGGCUCUCUCCAGGCUCAGGUGGCUGACAUCACCAGCUACCUCAGGCAGCUGGAGAAGCACCUGAGUGAGAUGGAGAGUAAAAAGUCCCAGCUGGACUCUGUGAUGACCACAUCGUCCAAGCUACAGAAGUCCAUGGACAACUUCAGUGAGAGACAGGCCCUCAAGGAAAGAACUGAAAGACUGAGGAUCGACUGGGAGCAGACAGUCCACCACGUGAACAGACGCAAGAACCAGCUGGACAACAUGCUGGGAGAGUGUAAGACGUUUGACCAGUCCUAUGCUCAGAUGGAGGACUGGCUCUCUCAGACAGAGAGUCAACUGGACAAGAUGGAGGCUCAGGCUGGUGGCAACGAGGCCAUCACCAGUCAUGAGAAGCUUCAGGAAGACUUCAACAAACACAAGGACACAGUGGACGUGUUGAAGGGUCAAGCUGAGCAGCUGAUCCAGGACCACGUCAACGAUGACACCCACCACAUCAAGCGUCAGCUGGAGAGGCUGACCAACAGAUGGUCCAUCCUUCUCAACAGACUGACCAGCCACUGGAAGGCCCUCCAGACCACACGAGACAGUGGUCAGCAGUUCGAACCCUCCCUGGAGGAGUUCAUGGCCUGGCUAGAGAGCACCGAGUCCUCCUUCAACUCUCUGGCCAACCAGACGGCCAACCAGGACCUGAGGAACAACCAGGAGCUGGCUGAGGAGUUUCUGGAACAGUUCAGGGACCUCCAAGCUGAAGUUGAUUCCCACCAGAGCACCUUUGAGAGCUUGAACCACACAGGGAGUCAAGUCAUGCGGACCAUGGUGACCUCAGACUCCCACAAGCUGCAGGCUAGGCUGGAGGAGAUGAACAAACGCUGGCUACACCUCAUGGAGAAGUCCAUGGAGAUCAGGGGUCGGCUAGAGAGUAAUGCAGAGCAGUGGUCGCGCCUUGUGAAGACCCUCCAGAGCCUGGUGGCCUGGGUGCUGGCCAGACAGACAGAGCUACAGCAGCAACAUCCCAUUGGUGGGGAUCUGGCCAGUGUCCAGCGACAACUGCUGGAGAACCAGCGCCUACAGAACCAACUAGAGUUGAAGCGCCCUCUGAUAGAACAGAGCCUGGAGGCUGGGAGGUUCUACCUGAGGGAGGAGGGGGAGGAUGCACGCUAUGAUAGUGGGGGAGACAGUGCAGAUGACAGUGGACCGGAUGGCACCCCGGAGAAAGACGCACGCCACUUAAUCCGCAAGAUCAGGCACCAGGUGAAACUGUUGAACAAAAAAUGGCAGGAGUGUAAGCAGGGCACCCUCAGCUGGCAGAUCAAGCUGGACGAGGUUGUCGAGAGAAUGGGUAUCUUCCAUGAAUCUAUGGACAACCUCCAUGACAGGCUCGUAGCUGCAGAAAGGGAGAUAAAAGACUGGCCUAAUGUAGGGGACAUAAUCAUUGGAGAGUUGCAAGCUGAAAUAGAUAGGACUAAGUCCUUCCAGCUCAAGUACCCCCUCCAAGGUCAGGUGGAUGACGUCACUGACCAGGCCAACAGACUACAGGAAGCUGACGUCAUUCUCUCUCAUCACAACGUACAUCGACUGGAGGACUUCACCCAGAGGUGGGACGCCUUAAAUCAAAUGUUACAAGACCGACUUCAGCAUUUACAAGAUGCCCUUAAUGCUUAUGGUCCAAAUUCACAGCAUUUCUUAACAGACUCUGUCGACGGUUCUUGGGAAAGGGCAGUCGCAGGGAACAAGGUGCCUUAUUAUAUCAAUCAUGCAACAGAAACAACUCAGUGGGACCACCCUCAACUAACUAUUCUCAUGGACGCAUUGAUGGAGUUGAACAAAAUUCGCUUUGCUGCGUACCGAACAGGCAUGAAAUUAAGAAUGUUACAGAAAAAACUAUGCUUGGAUAUGGUGUCCUUACAAAUGGCAGUCGAAGCUUUUGACAGCCAUGGAUUAAGGGGACGUAAUGACAAGUUAAUAGAUGUAGGGGAGAUGAUUGAGUGCUUGUCUACAAUUUUCGAGACAGCAGCUAAAGAGCAUCCACAGAUUGUCAAUGUGCCUCUAUCCAUAGACCUCACUUUAAACUGGAUAUUGGACAUUUAUGACAGUGUGAGAAGUGGCAAGGUACGAGUACUGUCCUUCAAGAUUGGCCUUGUCUUGUUAUGUCAAGCUCAGCUAGAAGACAAAUACAGAUAUAUUUUCAGACUAAUCGCAGACACUAAUGCCUUUGCUGACCAGAGGAAGCUCGGACUGCUGUUGCACGACUGCAUGCAGAUUCCAAGACAGCUUGGUGAGAUCGCAUCCUUUGGUGGCAGUAACAUUGAACCCAGUGUCCGCAGUUGUUUUGAAAAAGCCAAUGGAAGACCAGAAAUAGAAGCCAGCCACUUCUUGGAAUGGCUGAAGCUAGAACCCCAGUCACUGGUCUGGCUGCCAGUACUACAUCGCCUUGCUGCCGCUGAGACAGCCAAGCACCAAGCUAAAUGUAAUGUUUGCAAGGAAUUCCCUAUUGUUGGUUUCAGAUACCGCUGCCUGAAAUGUUUCAAUUUUGAUGUUUGUCAAAAUUGUUUCUUCUCUGGUCGUACAGCAAAAAGCCACAAGUUGACCCAUCCCAUGCAGGAGUACUGCACGACUACCACCUCUGGUGAAGAUGUGAGAGACUUCUCCAAAGUGUUCAAGAAUAAAUUCAAGUCUAAACGACACUUUAAGAAACACCCACGUCGAGGCUAUCUUCCAGUAGACUCUCAUUUAGAAGGUGACAGUUUAGAGAGCCCCAACCCAUCACCUCAGCACAGCAUUUCCCAGGACAUGCAUUCCAGACUUGAGAUGAUGUCUAGCAGGAUUGCUGAAGUGGAGCAAAGACAGGGGGCGCCAUCAGACAUACAUGAUGAGCACAAAUUGAUAGCACAGGCCUCUCAAAAACUGAGCACCACCAGGACUGAAGAAAUAAAGAAACCUUCAGACCUUUACCCUUCUGAUAGUAUUAAACAAACUAGUGAGAGUCACACCAGCGAGGCUGAUGAGCAUUUGCUAAUUAAAUCCCACUCAGCCAGUCUCAUUAAAUCAAAGUACAUUAUCAAGAGAACCUAUGUUAAAUCCAGAGAGGACGAGCACCACCUUAUAGCCCAGUACUGCUCCAGCCUCAAUGGUGACCCCUCCUCUCAUGCUUUAAAAAGUCCCAUGCAGAUUAUGAUGGCUGUCGAUGCUGAGCAGAGGCAUGAAUUGGAGCACAUGAUUAGAGAUCUUGAAGAAGAAAACAAAACAUUGCAAGCUGAGUACGAUCGACUACGUCAAGCAUCCCAACAGAGGUCUGGAAGCUCCCCCAGGCUAUACGGGGAGGAAGAAGGCUUGAACGGCAGCAAUAACAGGGAUGAGGAGAUGCUGGCUGAAGCCAAACUGCUGCGGCACCACAAGGGGAGGCUGGAGGCCAGGAUGAGGGUGCUGGAGGAUCACAAUCAUCAGCUGGAGGCGCAGCUGGGUCGUCUCAAGCAGUUGUUGGAUCAGCCACAGGCAGACAAAAGUUUCCUCUCUAUUGACUCAUCAUCUAGGACAACACCCAUGACGACACCAUCCUCCUCAGUCAGCUCCCUCCACACGGGUCAGCCACGCUACCGCCUUGCUCCACAGCUUGAGUCAACACCCCACACCAACGGCCAUUUAGGUUUAGAUGAUCCUGACAUCAGUGGUAUCCUAGCAGAUGUAAACAGUCCACCACACUACAGCGCCAUCAAAGCUAGAGGUGGUGCCAACGUUGGAGAUCUGUUUCACAUAGCUGGUGAAGUGGGCCAAGCUGUCGGCUCACUAGUGACUGUCAUGACAGACGAGGACGCAGCAAUAAAUGGCAGUGAAACCGAGGGCAUCAAGCACACAGAGAGGCUGUAGAAAUGGCCUGGCUUCAAGUUGUAACUAAUUCCACUCAUGUAUUUUAAAUGUGAUGUUAUGUAUAAACUAUAUGCUCGUACGGUCUGGUUCUUAGUUAGCCCUGUGGUGUCAUUUGAAGGAUGUCAUUUUUAUAAAUAUUAUAUAUAAUAUAUAUAUAUAUAUACCUGAAUCAGGAAAUAGAAAUAUAUGCUAAAUAGUCAAAGUAUAUUUCUUUGCAUAAUGUUUAAACUACAAUUGUAUUCUCUAAUUUGAAUUUGUGUAGACAACUUGUAGGAAUAUUGUGAGUAGAGUCUUUCAGAUUCAGUUGAAUCUGGGAGGCUUUUAGAUGUAGCAGCUCUUGUUACUGAUAGCCCUAGCGCAGUUGAUUUCAUGUGAAAACAGUUUGCUAUUUGUUACUUAUCUAUUCCCUGAUUUAGAUGUUGUUCAGUUGUUUGUUUUUUUUCUGUUCUUCAUGAGACGUGAAUACUGAGAAAGUGAAAGUACAGAAUCUGGUGGAAAUGAUUGUUUUGGAUGGUGACAUUUGCUAAAAUAAAUUCAAAUAGUUUUUUAUAUCCAUCCUUGUUAGCUGACCAGUACAAAUGCUCAUAUCCAUCAAGCAUACAUCAAUUUUCUAAAAAUAAUUUUAAAGUGCCUGUUUUUUGUUUUUUUAAUCUUGACAUAGGCAAGGUGGUUGAUUCAUUCCUUAAGGGAAAAUUUUUUAAAUCUCUUCGUGUUUCAAUGAUAAUGUGCUUGAAAUCAAUUUUUGUGAUCUUUUACCAGCAAAAUUUGGUGGGGCUGGUGAAAGUAUUUGUAUAGCAUCAUUGAGAUGGAGGCAGCAUGCAACAAUCUGUGACUUGAUGUGACUAUCCUGUAAUGUUUCCUUACUCUCUCACUUGUAUCUACACAAGUUGCCUUAACCUUUGACCUGGGGUGAAAUUGUUUUGGUUGGAUUAGACAUGUAUUCAACUGUUACUAUUAUUUAAAUUUAUGCUGAAGAUCCAGUUCUUCACAAAAGUGACAGAUUUUCAAGCUGUUCCUUCCUCCCCCCUCCUCUUCCAUGUUAAAUCCCUGUAUAGUUCAGUUGAAUUAUACUUUUUUGUUUGUGCUGCAGAUACAAAAAUGUCACUUGUAUUUUUUUUAUUUGCACUAAUCUAUAGUUUUUUUGAAAUAACAUCUACUAUUUGAUCCACAUUUUUCUUAAUUUUACUGCCACAUUAGGGAUAUUAUGGUGUGCACAAAAAUGUUCUCAAUUGUUUAUAUUAACAAUAAUUUCAGUAGAAUGAAUUUAUUUGAGGCUUCAAGACAAUGUAUUUCUUGUUUAAUUUUGUAUUAUUCAUAGAAUAUUUUGACCAGAUCCCUUUGAUUUCUGCUAGCAACCGAAUGUGAAUGUACUACACUGGCAGUUCUCUCCCCUGUAGAUCUUCAAGAAUCUGAUGGUACAUGUUUAAUAUUACAGGCAUAAUGCCAGAAGCAAAUAUUCAGCCCAAGCAAUAGCAGUGAUGGAAUUAAUUAUAGCAAAUAUUUGUAGGUGGUUGUAUGUCUGUUCAAUUGUAUGAUUGGUUGGUUUAAUUUGCAAGCAGUUUAACAAUUCUACUUUUGUUUUAAAUAUAUUAUCCAAAGAAUAAAAUACUGAUCAACAAAAAAAUGUUCUGGAAUGUUGAUCACAUUACUAAAUUAGCUUCCACUGAUAGCUGUUUUUUUUUUUGUUACUUCAUUUCAGAACAGAACUUUGUCCUUUGCACUUUAAAAUUAUAUGAGUUGGUAAUUUUGUGUUCUGAAUUAUUUAGACAAAAACGUAUAUUGGUUAUCAAACAUAAACUUACAUAAUAUCUAUGUAUUUAUCUGGCAUAACAAAGUGACAAAAUUGUAAUUGUUCAAAACGUUAUCAACAAAUAUAUAAACAGGUUAUUUUUAUUUACUGGAUAUACUUGUGUAAAAUAAUAAAGUUUAUAAGUAUUCUUA